AGUUAACGUCGCAGCUGAACAAGAGCACCGGCGAGGUCCAGAAGAGGCAUCCGAGGUUUUUAGCAUUACCCUAACAAUUUCCUCCGCACCAUUGACCAUUCGAAACCGAGCAAAAGUCGUGCCGCGCAAAAAUGUUGUGGGCGAAAAUCAAACCACCAAAUUAUAAAUUGCUGUUCCAUGUGGCCGUCAUGGGAGCGGUCCUGCUGGUUUCGGGAGCACUGCUCGGUUUCAAAAUUAUACCGGACCUAAUCGAGGAUAAAAUAUGGGAAAAAAAAGUACUGAGGAUGAACACCGAACAGUGGGACGUUUUUCUCAAAAUGCCGUUCCCUGUAACAUUCAACGUUUAUUUAUUCGACGUACAAAAUCCAGACGAAGUUAUGUCGGGCGCUAAGCCAGUGGUGAAAGAAAAGGGGCCUUACACCUACAAGUUAAACAGAUGGAAAUCCAACAUCACGUGGGAUCAAAAGAGCGAUGAGAUUUCGUACUUCGAAUAUGAACGAUAUCAAUUUGACGAAGACGCGACAAAGCCUCUUUUCGAAACUGAUACCGUAACGCUUUUAAAUAUUCCGUACAAUAGCAUCUUACUAACGACCGAACACCUGAUGCCCAGCGCGAUGUCAAUGUUGGAUCCCGCGCUGCCGUCAAUUUUUGGCGAACUGAACGACCUUUUCGUCAGGGUGAAGGUCAAAGAUUUUUUGUGGGCCGGGCUGCGAUUCUGCCGCGACGGGGACAGUGAAAAUUUUGCUGCCAAGAUGGUCUGCAAGCAAAUUAAAAACAAACUCAAGUCGACCAAACAAAUGCGACUUGAAGGCGAGGUAAUCGUUUUCGCCAGUCUUUAUUAUAGAAACGAUAGCCACCAUGGUUAUUUUACGGUAAAAUCGGGCCAACACCACGAAACCAAAACCGGGAAACUUACGAAGGUCAACAAUCAAACUCAAAUGACGACUUGGUUAGGCGAAGCCUCAGCUUGCAACCAGAUCCAGGGGCUUACGUCCGUUUUCCCUAACGAUGUCCAAAAGGACUUCAAUUUCGACGUUUUCUCCGAAGAUAUUUGCAGAACAAUAUCGAUGACGUUCAAGAGCGAGGAAGUCGUGGAUGACGUCGCAGCGUACAAGUUCGCGGCCAUGGGCACCACAUUCAGCUAUUCGAAAGAUGGAGGUGGCGAUUGUUUCUGCAUAAACAGGACGAUGAAUUUAGAUGGGACAUACGGGUGCUUGUUUGACGGUGUCGGCGAUUUAACCACAUGUACCGGCGGACCAGUUUUGGUCUCUUUUCCCCAUUUGCUCUACGGCGACGAGAGGUACCUCCGCGGCGUCGAAGGUAUGCGACCUGAAGAGGGUUUACACGAAACGUUCGUUCUACUGGAGCCGAUCACCGGGGCGCCCUUAAAGGUAAUGAAACGAGUACAAUUCAACAUGUUUAUAAGAAGUAUCGAUGGCAUAACCGCUUUAGAAAAUGUCACCCAUUCGUUGAUGCCGGUGUUUUGGAUAGAAGAGUCGCUAACUCUUCCACAAAGCUACCUGGACGCAAUCAAGUACUCGGCCAUAAAAAGCGUUUUCAUUCUGAAAAUAGUCAGAUGGAUCGUCGUCGCUGUUGGGAUGUCCCUCGUAUUUAUUUCUCUGUUCAUGUUUUUUUAUUUUAAGUCGUUUCCAUCGGUUAAAUUGAAAAUAUAAUCGUUGUCGAG